AUGGCUUCAUUACAUGUUCUUCUCAAGUACUUUCACUGUCUUGUUUUGUUACUAUGUUUGCAAUUAGCUUCUGCAGAAAUAAUGAGCAAUAGUACUUCCGGAGUAAUAGCAAAGCCUGAUUGCCAAGAUCGGUGUGGGAACAUCAGAAUACCCUAUCCAUUUGGUAUCGGUCGUCGUGGUUGUUUCGUUAACGAAUUUUUCAAACUAACAUGCAACAACAGUGUACCUAUGAUCGGUACUUUAAAGGUCACAAAUAUAUCGGUAGAUGAUGGUCAGAUGACAGUGGAAAGCAUUAUAGCCAGAACUUGUAACUCUGAAAUAUAUACAGUCACUACCCAUUUGAGAACAUUCACCGUGUCUGCUACAAAAAACAAAUUGAUAUCUAUUGGUUGUGACACCAUGGCGGGAAUAGAUGAUUAUCCACGGAUUGGUUAUGAGUGUUCGAACUGUAAUUCAACAAAAAAUGUCACCAGUAACGGGGCUUGCGAUGGUAUGGGUUGUUGUGAGACCUCCAUCCCACCUCAACUAUCGAGUUAUGAUGUGUCAGUGGUAAGAGUCGGUAUGAAUUCGAGCUAUGAUAAUCCAUGUAGUUAUGCUUUUAUAGCUGAAAAAAGUUCGUUUCAGUUUUCUCCGUCAUAUCUCCAGGAUUUCAAAAACAAAGGAACUGGAGUUGUCCCGGUGGUGGUUGAUUGGACGAUUGGUUUUGUGACAUGCGAUAUAGCAGCAACCAAUAAGACAAGCUAUGCUUGUGGACCCAAUACUUUAUGUGAAUCAUGCAAUGUUAAUGCUCAAGGUUAUAGAUGCAAGUGUAAACCAGGCUUUGAAGGAAAUCCUUAUCUUAGCAAUAGUACUGAUGGUCAUUGCAAAGAUAUUAAUGAAUGCGAUAACAGAAACCUGAUACAUGAUGAUGAGCGAUGCGGAAGACCAGAAAGUAUUUGCAUUAAUACGGAAGGGGGGUACAAUUGUCCUUGCAAAGAAGGAUUCAAAGAAUAUGGCACGAAGUGCAUUCUUGACAAGAGGGACGAAAUGCAUACGGAAGCGGGGUACCAUGACAAGAUUGCUGCUGGUGCGUGCUCGGGCCUAAUUGUAUGUCUUGUGAUUAGCUUUUGGUUGUAUUGGGGAUAUAGGAAAAGAAAACACAUGCAAAUUAGGGAGGCAUUCUUCAAGCAAAAUGGUGGUUUGAUUUUAAAUCGACUCCUUGACGAACGGGAAGAGGAUAUCGAGUCUAGUCGAAAUGCAAGAGGAGGUAAAAAGCACCGGUCAAUUGCUACAAUAUACACCGAGAAAGAGCUAAGCAAGGCGACUGAUAACUAUCACGAAGGUCAAAUUCUUGGACGAGGAGGCUUUGGCACGGUGUAUAAAGGAAUUUUAUCAAACGGAACGGUGGUUGCAAUUAAGAAGACAAAAAUUGUCGAUACCAACCAAAAUGAUCAAUUCAUAAACGAAAUUGCCGUCCUCUCACAAAUCAAUCACAAAAAUGUGGUGCAGCUGUUGGGUUGUUGUCUGGAGAGCGAGGUUCCGUUACUAGUUUAUGAAUACAUAACUAAUGGGACGCUUCACCAACAUUUACACGAAGAUCGUGAGAACCAGACUGCGUCCUCUACUCUCUCAUGGGAAAGUCGUUUAAGGAUUGCCUUGGAAAUUGCAGGCGCAUUAGCUUAUCUGCACUCUGAAGCUUCCAUACCCAUAAUCCACAGAGAUGUCAAGUCUAGUAAUGUACUUCUAGACGAUGAUUACAAAGCAAAAGUUUCGGAUUUCGGUGCUUCAAGGCUAAAUCCUACGGAUGAAGCUCAGCUAAGUACAGUAGUUCAAGGUACUUUUGGGUACUUAGACCCGGAAUACAUGUUGUCAAACCAGCUAACUGACAAGAGUGAUGUGUAUAGCUUCGGCGUAUUGCUAGUGGAAUUGCUAACAGGUAAAAUAGUAUUUUCUCCAAAAAGAGUUGAAGAGGAAAGAAAUCUUGCAAAUUAUUUCCUCUCUUCGAUGAAAACCAACAGGUUGUUCGUGAUUCUCGACAAUAAUCUGGUGACGUAUUACAACGACCAGAUCAGUAGUGUACAUGGGCACCAACAGAUCCAACAAACGGCUGAACUCGCGACUAAGUGCUUAAGAAUGAAGGGAGAGAAUAGACCUACAAUGAAAGAAGUAGCCAUGGUGUUACAUGGAUUGACGAUGAUAACUUCUAGUCAACCUGGUGUCUUGGAUGAUGACUAUAUGUUUACAAACACAACCAAAGAAGAACGUAUGCUCUUAUCAGAAUCAGCGAAGCUAAUAUACACAGAUAGCAUUACAGCUGUUGGUGAUAGCAGCAAGGGAAUGUUGGCCUUAGAAACCGAGGGACGUUAAUUAAUGGAUUAUCCUACAAACUUAUCCUGCUGCGCAUUGAACAGUAUCAUUUUUCUUGGUUGGCAUCCUAAUAAAAGUUACUCUGGAAUAAAGUAUGUGGUGUUCUUAUUGAUACAGUAAAUAAAUCAAAGGUUCGAGUAGGUUCCCUGUCUAGUCUUUUUUUGUUCUUUGUUUUUUGUAAUCCGUAUUGUUAAUGGUUGUAAUUUUUUACCUCCCUAAAUUCUGUGAAUGGUUGUCUAUCCUUAU